ACAAACACCGACGAAAAAGCAAUUGGAAACAGUAGUCAUGUGAACCUCUCUCUCUCUUUCUCUCAAGUUGAAAAAGAAUUCGCCCCAUCACGAUCGGAUCGGACCCGCCCAAACAAAACACUCUCAAAAUUUUUGAAAAUUUGAAUCUCAUAAAUCUCUAUCUCCUCCUUCCAUUUCACAGCCCCAUAGUAGUUAGCGACACACACACAAACACAAACAGAGUUUCAACUUUCAUUUUUUCUUUAUCUUUUCUCUCUCUCUCUCUCUCUCUCUCUCUCAGCCAUUUAUAUCAUCUAAUCCAAGAUCCCAAACCCUAAACCCUAGAAUUCAAUUUUCUCUUCUCUCUUGAUGGCAAACUCCGAUUCAGCUCCCUCUGUGCCUCCUCCCGCUCCUCUCUCCUCCAAGAAGGAGAACAUAACGCCUAUUAAUUCGAAGAUUGCGGAAUUGAGCGAAUCCAGGCAAGAACUUCUUGGUAGGAUUCAAGGGUUGAAACAGGAUCUACAAGGUUGGAGGUCAAAGUUAGACACUCAAGUUAAGGUCUACCGCGAUGAGCUUUCAGAACUAAAGAAAUCACUCAAUGUUGAAGUGGACCAACUUCGAUCAGAAUUUCAAGAACUGAGGACCACUCUCCAGCAGCAGCAAGAGGAUGUUACUGCUAGCUUAAGAAACUUAGGGUUGCAGGAUGUUCCAGGGGAAGUUAAAGAGGCUGAAGGUGCCAAGGUCAAAAGCAAUGAUGAGAAAGUUCAAGAUUUGCCUAAGGAUGAUAAUAUUAAGGACACUGAACAAUAGACUUAUUUCCCCUGCGUUUCCGUUCUUCAUUUUAGAGCCUAUUCUAGAGAAGAUAAGCAUCCCUUUGCUUCCUUUUAUUUUCUCAAUGUUGUGCAUUGUGUUCAGUAAUUUAAAAAGGCAAAACAUUUGUUGUCUAGCUCAAUACAGAUCUCUUAUCUGGCGUAAUUGGGUCUGGAAUGACAUUUAAAUUUGUAAUUGUAUUGUUUCAUAUUUUGGGCUCAUUCCUUACUGUUUAAUGAAUGGGUCUUUUAGACUCAAUUAUUUAUUUAUUUAUUUUCUUUUUACA